UCAUGAUGACUCGGUGUCGUUGUCGUUAAUUUGAGAUUUGAGGUUAGGCUAGACUAGACUUUCCAAUCCCGGCUAUUGUAGAGAUAAAAGAUGCUUUUAUUUUUGUUUAUGUAUUGAAUUAUUUUUAUUAAACUAUACUAGCUCAUUAAAAAACCACAAAAAUGUCAGCUAAGAGAAAACCAGAUUCCCAAGUACCCGUUGAAGAGAGUGACCAACUCUUGAUUAGACCUUUAGGUGCUGGUCAAGAGGUGGGCCGUUCGUGUAUUAUGCUGGAAUUCAAAGGAAAGAAAAUUAUGCUGGAUUGUGGCAUUCAUCCUGGUUUGUCGGGAAUGGACGCUCUUCCGUUCGUAGAUUUGGUGGAAGCAAAUGAGAUUGACCUUCUACUGAUAUCACACUUCCAUCUUGAUCAUUGCGGCGCCCUGCCAUGGUUUCUAUUGAAGACCAGUUUCAGAGGCAGAUGUUUCAUGACUCAUGCUACGAAAGCUAUCUAUAGGUGGCUAUUGUCUGACUACAUCAAAGUCAGUAAUAUUGCGACAGAGCAAAUGCUGUACACAGAGUCGGAUCUGGAGGCGAGCAUGGACAAAAUUGAGACUUUGAAUUUCCACGAAGAGAAAGACGUGGGUGGAGUGAAGUUCUGGGCGUACCAUGCGGGACACGUUCUGGGAGCAGCCAUGUUUAUGAUUGAAAUCGCCGGGGUCAAGGUGCUGUACACAGGCGAUUUCUCUAGACAAGAAGAUAGGCAUUUGAUGGCUGCUGAAAUCCCCACCAUUCAUCCCGACGUACUGAUCACGGAAUCAACGUAUGGUACACACAUUCACGAGAAGAGGGAAGACCGAGAGACGAGGUUCACGAGUUUGGUGAACGACAUUGUCACCAGAGGAGGACGUUGUCUGAUACCAGUGUUUGCCCUUGGCAGGGCGCAGGAGCUUCUACUUAUCCUUGAUGAAUACUGGAGUCAACAUCCGGAACUUCAUGACAUACCGAUCUACUAUGCCUCGUCACUGGCCAAGAAGUGCAUGGCUGUCUAUCAGACCUAUGUCAACGCCAUGAACGACAAAAUCAAAAGACAAAUCGCCAUCAACAAUCCGUUUGUUUUCAAACACAUUUCUAAUUUGAAGGGAAUCGAUCACUUUGAAGACAUCGGACCUUGCGUGGUGAUGGCUUCUCCAGGAAUGAUGCAGAGUGGUCUGUCCAGGGAGCUGUUUGAAUCCUGGUGUACAGACGCUAAAAAUGGAGUCAUUAUUGCUGGUUACUGCGUGGAGGGAACCCUAGCCAAAACAAUUCUGUCGGAACCGGAAGAAAUAGUGACAAUGUCUGGUCAGAAAUUGGCGUUGAAGUUGUCUGUGGACUACAUAUCGUUCUCGGCGCACACGGAUUACCAACAGACCAGCGAGUUUAUUCGUCUCCUCAAACCUCCACAUGUUGUGCUAGUGCACGGUGAGCAGAACGAGAUGAGCCGACUGAAGGCCGCCCUGCAGCGCGAGUACGAGGAUGAUCCGGACACCAACAUGCAGCUGCACAACCCUCGCAACACCAUCGCCGUUCAGCUCUACUUCCGCGGCGAGAAGACUGCCAAGGUGAUGGGAGCGCUUGCUGUGGAGAAGCCUAAACCUGGCCACAAAGUGUCUGGUGUCAUCUUGAAGAAGAAUUUCAGUUAUCACAUGCUAGCUCCAAGCGAUCUCUCCAAAUACACAGACAUGACAAUGAGCCAAGUGAUGCAACAGCAAUCGGUCCACUUCUCAGGCUCCCUCAACGUUCUCAAGCAUUACCUGCUUCAGAUAUCGGGCUCUGUGGCGGCAAUCGAUGAAAGGAAACUGCAAGUAUUCGGGUGCAUCGACGUUGUACUCGAAAAUAAAAUGAUAACGCUAGAGUGGAUGGCUACUCCAGUCAACGACAUGUACGCUGAUAGUAUUAUCACUGCCAUUCUGCAAGCAGAGACUGUUGAUCCUUAUUGCAAAAUACUCCCUGUACAAACCAAGAUGGACAGGAUGCAUUUCAAGGAGUGUCUAAUAGAAAUGCUGCAGGAAAUGUUUGGCGAGGAUUCAGUUCCGAAAAUUUUCAAAGGGGAGAAGCUGUACGUCACAGUUGAUGGCAAGAAGGCUAAUAUUGAUCUCAUGAACCUUGAAGUAGUUUGCGAGGAAGAUGAAACACUACAGCAAAUGGUUCAAACAGCAGUUGCACGACUUCACGACUCCCUGGCGCCGCCUCGUGUGGACCCUGCCGCAUCAUAAUGAUAAGAUCAUUUAUCUAUUCCUCAACAACACCAAGCCUUGGUUCACAGCUUGGUUCAAUCAUUUUUCGAUUUAGAAAUAAAAUGUUUUUUAUACGAG